AUGGAGGAAAAAAAUGGAGAUAACGGAAAAAGAAGAGAAAGCGAACGACUAGCAACACAACAAAACAAAAUCUAUACUCGUCGACCAUUGUCAAAUCGUACGAGUGAUAAUUAUCAAAUCAAUAAUAAUCAUAAUCGACGUAGUGUAACAGUGUCAAUAAUUGAUGAUAACAGUCAAUAUCAACCAGUCAGUCGUCGAUCUGAACGUAUUCAAUCACCGAUGAAUUCCUUACCAUUGUCUCAAUACAAUUCCAAUCCUUCUCUGAUUGAGCAACAAGAACAAACUCAUCUUCAUCAUUCGCAACAACAACAAUCACUGCCGCAGAAAACAUCAAAUGAUGAAGAGACAUAUUCAUUUAGACAUGUAACAAAAAAAUUACAACAUGCAAAAUCACAUGGUGAACUUUAUCAACCAAUAGCUCCAUUACCAAUGCCACCGAUCACAAAAAUAAGUAACGAUGAAAACGAAAUAAAAUAUCCACAAAAGCAUUCAUCGGAAUCACCACAGUCAUCAAUAUCACCGAGAAUUCGAGCAGCAACAACAACAGCUGUACCAAUAUUAUCGCGUCCAACAGUAAAUUUAGGCGAUGAAACAAUCAACUCAUCUUCAUCAAAUAAAAUUCCUUUGUGGAAACGAUUUAAAAAAAUGAUUGUACCCAGUAAACGUAGUAAAGAGAAUUCAUCAAGCAAAGUUCCUACUUUACAAUUUAAUGAAUUAUCAACAAAUGAAAUAAAUAGAACAGUUCCUGAUGGUGUUGUUAAUACUAGCAAUAAUCUUUUACAGAAUCCCAUAAAAUUAAAUGAUUUACGAACUUGGCUUAUUCCAAAAACAUUUCCUGAACAAAGAAUUCGCGAUGAAUAUGAGAAAUUAUCCACAGAACCUCUCCAUCCUAGAACAUUCGCAUUGCGACCAGAAAACAAAUCGAAAAAUAGAUUCAAUGCUAUUGAACCAUACGAUCAUUCUCGAGUUGUACUUAAAUCUUUACCAAAUGAUCCAACAACUGAUUACAUCAAUGCAUCAUACAUAGAUGGUGAUAGAAUGAACAAAUUAUAUAUAGCUGCUCAAGCACCAACUGACACAACUUUAUAUGACUUUAUUCGCAUGAUUUGGCAAUUACGUAUUCAAUCAAUUGUUAUGGUCACUCGUCUAUUUGAAGAUGGAAAACAUAAAUGUAUUCAAUAUUGGCCAGAUGAAGGUGAAAAACGAAUUAACGAUUUUAAAAUUCGUAUUGAUAGUGAAGAAAAAUAUGCUGAUUAUACAAUACGUAAAUUGAUUAUAUACAACCAAUUAGAGCCAUCAGACAUGUUAAUAGUUAAGCAGUAUCACUUUUUAUCAUGGCCAGAUCAUGGCUGUUUGUCCUUGUCUACACCAUUGUUAGAUUUCCGUCAGCGUUUUCGUACUGAUUAUAAACCGUGGAAUCCAAUUCUUGUUCAUUGCAGCGCCGGUGUUGGUCGUUCAGGUACAUUUAUUGCUUUGGAUGCUUUAUUAGAAAAAGCUAAACAUCAAGAUACUAUUGAUAUACUUGAAUUCACACAUCGAAUGAGACAAAAUCGAGUCUAUAUGAUACAAACAGUAGAUCAAUAUGUAUUUCUUUAUCGAACAUUAAUCGAAGGAAUUUUAACUAUGGAUAUAAGUUUAUCAUUACAAGAAUAUCUGACAACAAGAAAAUUAUAUAUGGAUAUUAAGAGUCAAUAUAAACUUUUGGAACAAUUGCAAUCAACCGUCGAAUUUUCAUAUCAAGGCGCAGUUGAACCAGCGAAUUUAAAUAAAAAUCGAGUUGAAACAAUUCUUGCUCCUGAUAAUAGUCGACCGUAUCUAAUGACACAAGUGGAUAAGACAACUGAUUACAUAAAUGCUGUAUUUGUUAAUUCCUAUCGACAAACACCCAACUAUAUUGUUACACAAUAUCCAUUACCUCACACAUGCAUUGAUUUCUGGCGUCUCGUCUAUGAUCAUAACGUAUCAAUUAUAAUGUUGUUGGAAUCUAUAUCUCGCGAUUCAAAAAAUAUAUAUUAUUGGCCUACAAAUGUUGGACAACUAAUAUGUUACGGGCCAUUCGAAAUAGUUCUAAUGUCACAAAAAGAAGAUGAACAAUUAAUUGAACGAGUUUUCGAAUUGAAAUUUACAAAUAAAAGCGCAUUCACUACGGAUCGAACAAGAUCAAUAAGACAAUUUCAAAUAAAAGAUUAUUCACAUUUACUACUUGUUGUAAAACGUUUUUUAAAAGAAAUGCGCACAUUUACUGGACAAAAUGUUAUUCUUCAAUGUUUAAAUGGUGCAACAUGGUCCGGUUAUUUUGCUGCUCUAUGCAAUGCAAUUGAUAAAAUGCAAACGGAACAAAUUAUUGACCCAUUUAAAAUUGUCCGUCUUAUACGUUCUACUCGACCACAAUUUAUCGAUCAAGAUCAAUACGAAAAUCUAUAUUCAUCAAUGCGCGAUUAUGCACAACAAUACUUAAGUACAACACCAACAGCUUUAGCGCAACGCUCCACUGAAAAUCCUUUCUACACGGACACGUCUAGAGAAUAUCAGUCCACUACAACUAAUAGAAUCGUACAACGAUUAUAA